AUGGAGCCUGAUACGUGGCCAUACCAUUGUAUUGCGUGUAACAUGAAUAUUCCUAACCCGAUCUCAUGGAAUGCUCACAAGGAAGGUAAGAAGCAUGUGGUGAAGGAAAAAGAACUGAAACGGCGACAGGCCGAAGGAAAACGAACUGUUUAUGUCACAGGAGAAGUCGUGACAACGCCGGUAGCCGAGCUUCUUCUUCGCGAAUACUUUCAAUCCACGUUUGGCGAGGUCGAGAAAAUUAUUUGCCAGGAAAACUUUUGCCUUGUCAUAUUCGAAAUCGGCCAGAGCGUCAACUUCGUUGCUGAUCUUAUUGGCUCAGCGAAGUACCAGCUUCAAACUCCGUCUUCUGAUUUCGAUAUUAAUUUCCGCGUUGGAAAGGUCAAUUCUUUUGCGCUCGAGGAGAAGUUUAUUGAGAUUGGCCGGAAGACAGUUCGCAACGAGCCUCAUUCGGCGCGCAAGGAACGCGAUCAAACAGCCGUUGUUCUUUUUAUCACCGGAAAGAUUGUCUCCUUGUCAAAGACUCUACCUAUCUCCAGUGUACAUGCCGUUAUUGGAGCUCGAAAGCCGGUUAUUCGGAUGAAUCUAAGCGGGAAAAAGCUUGAGAUCUCCAUCGGAAAUACUGCUGCUUCGGUGAAUACGCGUUUCUUCGAAACCUGUUUUAGAGAUCAUCUUUUUCUUCAUCUUGUGAAGAUGACAAAGUUUAUCUUUUCACACGGUGAGCUGAGCAAAGCUGGUCGAUUGUCGUCCUACUCUACUCUGAUCGCCAUGUACUCUUUUCUGAUCGAGAAAAAAAUUGCAAAACCGAUCGACCAGCUUGUUGCUCAAUACGGAGCCAGACACGAAGAAGGUCUGGAAGAAGAUGGCUUCUGCAAGAAGCAAUGGGACUACCGGCUCCCGAAUGAAGUUCCUUUUGAAUGGCCAGUUGUAUCGUCAAAAGAAGAAGCCGUCAAGCUCCUUUUUAAAUUGUUCUUCGAGUUUUCGCAUUGGCUCAGCUCAGUCGAGUCUGAUAUUGUCGUCAACAUAAGAUCCGAUGUCAAUCCAAACAUUUCGGAUUUCUUCAGUUCCUACCAAUUAACGGAGCAACUAUUCAAAGCUGCUGUUCUCAACAUUGCGGAUCCAUUCGAAGUGGAGCACAAUACUACCGGCCAUAUUACCGCGAAAACUCUUCACAAAAUGUCGAAAGUAUUGAAAAGCUUCGCAAUCAAAGGGAAAAUGAAGAGAGUCACAAAUUUUAUCGAGAACCAAAAAGCAACAUCACACGACUCCAAAGAUUGGGGUAUUUCGUUACUCAUCGGCACGGGCGAAAACCGAAUGGAUGCUGGGCAAUCUUGUGGUCUAGUUACCUCUUCCCGCACUACAAAAGCUGGCAACGAGUUCAGUUUGAAUGUAGAUUCAACUAAGAAGUCAGAGUUCUUUGCCUUUCUGGACAAGGUAUUGCGCGUUCAAAUGCCGGAAAAGCUGAUCAAUGAAAGCAUGGAAGAUAUGGAAAUAUCUCCUAAGAAGUCAAAGAUGAGUGAAGAGAUGUCCUCGGAUUCUUUCGACUCUGGCCAUGAAAGCAUCGGUGAAUGUUUCAACUGCUCGGUCGAGUUCAAACUCUGGGAAGGGCGCCGAGGAACUAGAAGGCAACUCGAGCGCGAGUACAAAAACGCAAAGCCGAUCGAUAUUGAGUCUCAAGUUUCCGCUAUUUUGCUGGGGAAAACGCCCAAGAAGUUGGGGGAAGCGAUGGCUUUCAGGCUUCAAAUCGAGGGCGCAAUGGAGGACGAGCUAGCGCCUGGAGCUAGUCCACCAGGUUAUGGGCCUAGUUUCGGAGCCACCCUUGCAAUCUUUGGCGCAUUAUCGGCUGGCGUUUCCAUGGUUCUUCAAAAGGUUGGAGUCGCGAAAUCAAAGGUAAUUUGGUUUUGUGGUCUUGCUUGUCUGAUUAUUGGUGAAGUUUUGACUGUUGCUGCAUUCACUUAUGCUCCUGCUGUGCUUGUUUCCCCUCUUGGUGCUUUCCGAGUAAUUGUUACUGCGAUAUUAAGUACAGUCUGGUUGAAGGAGCGAUUAUCUAGAAACGGAAAGCUUGAUCUGGAGCAUUAUCUACUGACAUCUAGGUUUAUAUUGUUUGUUUUUGGGGUAUUCGCCGCCUCUGCAUUCUUAUCGAGACGAGCGAAGAUAAAUGGAAGUCGAAAUAUUUAUCUCUACGUCACUAUUUGCAAUCUUUUGGGAAGUUUGGGCGUACUUUUAUCGAAAGGCAUUGGAAUCGUAGUUCAAUCGAUCUUAGGCGGCGACAUGAGCAUAAUUCUGAGUCCUGUCGCAUGGGCCGUUCUCCUUGGCGUUGGAUACGGCGCUGUCUCCCAGCUUUAUUAUCUGAAUCACGCGCUGCGGCACUUUGACGCGGCGCAAAUAGGAUCCCUUAAAUAUGUUGGUACCAACGCGCUAGUUGUUGUUGGCUCGGUCAUUCUAUUUGAUGAAUUCGCAUCAAUGACGAUUCGUGACACACUUGGACUCUUCUUGGGACUAAGUAUAGUCGCCUUUGGAACAACUUUUAUGCACGGCUCGGAUUUUUAUUGCAAAUCGAAGCCUGCCGGCAUCAAAAACCAAGAACCUGUUGUUUAA